GCAAACCGUGCAAAUUUUCAAAAUAACAGCAAAUUGAGUGUUUAAACUUUUUUUAUUUAUUAAUAUGAAAAUCAAUUUAAAGAACCACCCAUUACAUAUUGUAUUUUGUACUCUUUCACACAAUUUUAUACAUCGUCCGCAAAAUCACAUCGUCUGCAAAAUAUUACACAGGCAAGUUACGAUUUCAAUCGGAGAUAAUGCUGUCACAACCAUUGCUCAGGACUCACGUGAUAGUCCUUCACAAUACGGAAAAAGUACAAGAGCAUGGAAAAUAAAAAUGGUAGCGAUGUGAUCAAUGAUCGGAAUGUGAAAAUAACAACAACAAUGUUUCAUUUUAUAAACAUACAGUAAAGAUAAACCUCUAAUUUUUAGUUUAUAGUUAAGAAUCGCCAAAAUGUCUGACGAAGAAGCGUUUGAUGGCAACGAUGAUGGGACAGAAGAAGAAGAUGAACUGCUUGAUUGGCAAUUGCCCUUAUGUUUCAUGAAAAAACGACACAAAGAAAAAAUUGAUGGAUCAAAUUCUCUGCCACAAGCAUGGAGAAUGAAGGAAAGAAUGAAAACAGUAAGUGUAGCAUUAGUGCUGUGUUUGAACGUUGGUGUGGAUCCACCUGAUGUAAUCAAAACAAAUCCAUGUGCGCGGAUGGAAUGUUGGAUAGAUCCUCUAUCACUUAAUCCACAGAAGGCUUUAGAUCAAAUUGGAAAUAAUCUCCAGCAACAAUAUGAAAGGUGGCAACCCAGGGCUCGAUACAGACACAGUCUUGAUCCUACUGUGGAUGAUGUAAAAAAGCUUUGCACAUCUUUGCGGAGAAAUGCAAAGGAAGAGCGAGUUUUAUUUCAUUACAAUGGUCACGGUGUACCUAGACCAACUUUAAAUGGUGAAAUUUGGGUCUUUAACAAGCAAUACACUCAAUAUAUUCCUUUGUCGAUAUAUGACUUGCAAACGUGGAUGGGAAGCCCUUCAAUAUAUGUUUAUGACUGUUCCAAUGCAGGGUUAAUAUUAGAUUGUUUUAAACAGUUCUCACAGCAGAGGGAACAGGAUUAUGAGAGAGCAUUAGCUCAAGGUUCACCAAUGCCUGCCAUUCCACCUGUACGUAACUGCAUCCAACUAGCGGCUUGUGGUGCUAAUGAAUUACUGCCGAUGUUGCCGGAUUUGCCUGCAGACUUGUUCACAGCAUGUUUGACGACACCGAUGAAAGUAGCUCUGAGAUGGUUUGUUAGUCAACGCCAUGGUAAUCUUGUGCCUGGUAUUUCAUUAGAUCUUAUUGAAAAAAUUCCAGGCCAAUUAAAUGAUAGAAGAACUCCUCUUGGAGAAUUAAAUUGGAUUUUUACUGCUGUAACUGACACAAUAGCAUGGAACACAUUACCCAGAGACUUGUUUCAAAAGUUGUUUCGACAAGAUUUGCUGGUUGCUAGUUUAUUUCGAAAUAUUUUGCUUGCUGAAAGAGUUAUGCGUUCGUACAACUGCACACCUGUGACUUGCCCUAAGUUGCCAUCAACCUAUCAUAAUCCAAUGUGGCAGGCAUGGGAUUUAGCUGUUGAUCAAUGUCUUUCACAACUUCCCGUCAUUAUCAAAGAUGAAUCGAAAUACAAAAACAGUUCUUUCUUCUCAGAGCAACUAACUUCAUUUCAAGUUUGGUUAGCGAUGGGUACUGCUGAACGAAAUCCGCCAGAGCAACUUCCAAUUGUAUUGCAGGUGUUGUUAAGUCAAGUACACAGACUACGAGCUUUAGAUUUGCUUGGCAGAUUUUUAGAUCUGGGACCAUGGGCUGUCAAUUUAGCUUUAUCUGUUGGAAUAUUUCCAUAUGUUCUAAGAUUACUACAAAGUACGGCAAGAGAACUACGUCCUCUUAUGGUUUUUAUCUGGGCUAAAAUAUUAGCCGUCGACAGUAGCUGUCAAACUGAUCUUGUGAAAGAUAAUGGUCAUAAAUACUUUUUGUCAGUCUUGGCUGAUCCUUAUAUGCCUGCUGAGCAUCGAACAACUGGUAGUUUUGUGCUUGCUCGAAUUAUUCAUGAUUAUCCUGCUGGAAAGGAAGCAUGUUUAAAAGGGAACAUGAUCUCCAUCUGUCUGGAACAGUUAGCGGAUCCACAUCCACUUUUAAGACAAUGGCUAGCUCUCUGUCUUGGUUUGAUUUGGACAAACUGUGAUUCUGCACGAUGGUGUGGUAUCCGUGACAGUGCUCCUGAUAAAUUAUCUAAAUUAUUGACUGACCCUCUACCUGAGGUUCGUGCAGCUGCUGUAUUUGCAUUAGGCAAAUUAAUUGCAAACACUGGGGACCGAUCAGACCAUGCGAAUAUGAUUGACCACGGUGUUGCCACCACAUUAGCUUCCACUGUGGGAAAUGAUGGUAGUCCACUUGUUAGGAAGGAAUUGGUUAUUGCUUUUUAUGGUUUAAUUGUCCAAUUUGAGCAUGCGUUCAGUGCAGUGGCUGUUCAAUUUUUGGAAGAAGACCGUCAACGAGAAGUGUUUGGUUCCAGUCCUCGGGAUCCUGAAACAAGGAAAGGAUGGAUUUUAGUUGCACAAGGAAAUGAAGCAGCAUUUAUGACGAGCACAGAUAGUAGCACAUUAAAACGACAUGCAUCUCAUGCGCAAAUCUCUCAACUUAGUCAAUCUUCCAAGCAAUCCUUCAAACGUAGCGAUAGUGCUAGUUCAAUUGACAGUACGGACAGUAUGUGGAUGCGUAGUCAACAACGGUCGGUCUCAUUGUCAUCCACGACAUCGUCUCUCAGGGAAACAGUCUAUACAAGAGUCUGGAAGGCCAUGUUGAAUUUAUCAAUAGAUCCUUACAAUGAAGUAGCCGACAUGGCGAAGAAAGUUGUCAACACCAUUACUGUGAAAGCAGCAAUUUCAGUGCAACCACGAUUGAGUUCAGCUUCAUCCCUACCUGCUUCACCCAACACUUCAGAUGAAAGUCCAUUGACCAUGAAAAGUUCUACUGUUUCUCUUCGCCCGGUGAGAUCUGUACCAACCACUCCGGAUGCAAGUCGGCUCGCCCGGUUGAGUGUUAGUAACGCUGCCAUGUAUAAACCUCACUCUAUCGAAUUUUCCACCAAGAGAAAAAUAUUUGAUAAAGGACCAGAUGUGCUUCCGUCGCACGACGAGGAUGAUGGUAGCGAUUCUGAUGACGACAGUCCCAUUAUGAAACCAAUUUUAGUCAAAACUGCUUUCUACUAUUGGUGUUGCGGGUACUUCGCACAGUCUCUUAUGAAACCUUCUGAUGAUCUGGACCCGAACAGUCCACAGAGGAUUGAGAGAGAAUGGCGCUUCUUGCGAAAUUGCAAAGUCCGGCAAUUAUCAUUGAAGCAACUCCAACAAACACCACCCACUCGAUUAGACGACGAGAUAUUCAUUAAUAAAAACGCCAAUCCACCAGGGGUCAUUAAAUUCCACCCAUAUCUCCCGCAUUUAGCCGUUUCUGAUAAAACCGGUGUGUCCAUAUGGAAUUAUGAGCUUGGCUCUAAAGUCAACCAUUUUAAUAAUGGUAACCCUAAGACAUCGCGCAUCACCUCGAUGGAUUUACUAAAUUCCCACGAUUUGUCGCUCCUCCUGACAGGUUCUGAUGACGGUGCUGUUCGUGUGUGGAGAAAUUAUUGUGAUGACGAUGAUGGACGGAUAAGUCUUGUGACUGCAUGGUCCGCGCUAUCAAGCAUGAUUCCUUUGUACAGAGGGACUGGGUCGGGCCUCGUUACGGACUGGGAGCAACAAUCAGGAAUGCUGCUAGCGUCUGGUGACGUCCGGAUUAUUCGAGUUUGGGAUGCGCAUAGGGAAAUGAAAGUGCAGGAUAUUCCAACGGGAGCCGACAGUUGCGUGACCAGUAUGACGUGUGAUACUGUCAAUCAAUCAUUACUCGUCGCCGGUUUGGGUGAUGGUUCUGUUAGAAUAUACGAUCGAAGAUUGCCUCCCAGUGAUUGCCGCGUGAUGACGCUGCGUGAACAUGAAGGCUGGGUGGUAAAUGUGUUGCUAAGCAACAAGAACGAUGGAAACAUCAUCAGUGGAAGCGUGGGUGGCGACAUUAAGUUCUGGGAACCAAGAACAACAUCGUCAGUGAAAACUAUCAACAAUACAGUUUCUAGUCUCACGUCACUUGAUGUCCACCAGCAAGCAGAUUUAAUAGCAUGUGGAUCAGCCAAUCAGAACAUAAAGGUAUUAAAUCUGGAGGGAGAAGUGCUUAGCAACAUCCGAUACCACGACGGGUUUAUCGGGCAAAGAAUCGGACCAUUGAGUUGUCUUGCGUUCCAUCCUUUCUGGCCGUAUCUAGCAGCGGGCAGUACCGAUAGUUUUCUAUCUAUGUAUGCUUCACAAAAACCAAUCGCGUUACGACUACAUGAACUUGGUAUAUGAUUUAAACAUGGUACGUUUGAAAAAUAAUUGGAACAUGGUGCAACGCCUAAUAUAUGAUCCUCACAUGGUACGCUGGGUAUAUGCUCUGAAUACGGUGGAAAAAAUUGUAAGUCAAAACCGGAAUGUUAUUCGGGCAUUGAUGAUUAUCGCAAAGAGGAAUCGAGAAUUAGAGUUAUUCGGAUUAACGAAAAACCAAUCCGGGUUUUAUACACCAAGUUAAAAUCGAGUCUGGCUGCCAAGUUUAUGCGGAGAUAAGUCCUGGGAUUAAAUUCUGUUUUCGUGUCGUGUUGUAUGAUAUCAAGUGCUAGUGCUACCCCCGUCCAACAUUUUCAGUAUGAAAUGCACCCUUUUUUCAAAUAAAAAUAUACCUUUAAAAACUACUAGAGGUCAUUUUUUUGUGAUUAAGUUUUCGCGAAAAUAUAACCAAAAUUCAAUAAUAAGUAACCAUCUUUCCAAUGUAUAAUCUCAAUAUAUCAUAUACAAAUAUUUGUUUUUUUCUGUGAUACUCUGUGUAAAUAGUUUUUUAACAGUGCUAAGGUUGAGAUUUGGGUCGAAACUUAAGCAAUGCACCUUUCCUGAAUUUUAUAAAUUAUAAUAAUUAUGAUGUCAUCUAAAAUUUAAGAAUGGUUCUUUGCUCUUCUAAUAAGAAUAUCCAGAUAGAAUAUUAAAUUAUCAUGACAAUUUUAAUAUAGCAAUAUAAUAUUCUGGUUGGAUUUCAUUUAGAUUUGAAGAAAAUAAUUAUUUUAAAAACGAGGCUAUUCUUAGGAAGCUCGGCAAUAUGAAGGGUUUGACCGUAACUUUCAGCCAGUAAUGAGGCACUUAACGAAAAGAAAUAUUUAUCACCGUGUAAGCAUAGACUUGAUACGCUCCUAAACCUGACACAAUUUUUUAUAUGAACAACCUUAGUCAUUCAGUGACACUUGAUCACUAUUUUGUACACUUCGUUGAAAUUAGCUAUUUUACAAUUUUUGAUGACAUAUGGCGUCAUGUUUAUAUUACUGACGUCAUGUAUAUAAUAAUUGUAAAUAUAUCUAUAUAUAUAUAUAUUUUGGAAUGGUUAUAAUUUGUAAUCAGAAAUAUUUUUUCCUCAGGGAGAUAAAUUAACAAG